AGAUAGGAUGCUGAGCUGAAGAUGGGCAAUUCUAGCUCGGCGGCGCACCACCCCCACCCCCAUCACGGCCUCCAGGGGCAGCCGCAGCGAUGGACGCACUCCUAUCCACGUGCCACCUCCACUGCCGCCUCCGCAGCCGCCUCCGGGGGCCUCAAGGUGCUGCCCGAACGGGUGCCCGGCCAGCGGUUGAGAGUCACCAACAACGGCGCCAUCUUGCAAAAUGGCGGCACCAUCAGCGGGCGGAGGCCGUCUGUUGGCAACUUGCCGAGGCAGAGGAGUUCAAGUCAAGGUAGCCACCAUGAGUCGAAACGAAGCUUGUAUGGAAGUGAGCCGGACCUUCGCUACACGGGACGGGAGUUCCACCACCAGCCUUACAGCAACGAUAGUCCAGCCAAACUGAGGAUAUCAAGAUCACGCAAAAAGUACAAAGCACCUCCUGCACCUCAUAUCAAUGGAAAUGCUAUUGAUAGCUCGUCACCUGAUUCCUACCAACAUUGGGAGAUGUCGGGUGGAGGCAGUGGAGGGGGAGAGACGGCUGCACCCAGCAGACGUCUGCGGCUGUCAAGACGCGUGCGGAGACAAAGAGGAGGGGAAACGAGGAGGCAGUCACUCAGCACACAGCUUUGGACAGGGCACGCCUUCCCCCGGCCCACUCCAGAGGGAGUUAUCUUCUCCGCAAUUCCAGGUUAA